CCGGGACUCCCAACUUCCAACCGAAUUUGCUGGAUUCUUGUGACGGCGGCAGCGAUGGACGAUGUGGCGGCGGCUUCGAAGCGGCGGGACGGGCCAGGACCUCCGUCCCUCAGGCACGGCGGUGACAUUACAACCCUCGACUUCAUCAGCCGCCUUCCCGACGAGAUCCUCGGUACCAUCCUCUCCCUCCUCCCCGAUACCAAGGACGCCGGCCGGACAACCGUUCUGUCGUCGCGGUGGCGCCAUCUCUGGCGCUCCGCCCUGGUCAACCUCGUCGUCAACCACCUCCUCUCCGGGCGGGAGCAUGACCGCGUCGCCAUCGUCUCCAAGAUCCUCGACGUGCACCAUGGCCCCGCACGCUGCCUCUCCUUCCACGUAGGCGGCAUCUGCCUGCGCCGUGACUUGCCGAGUGUAAUUGAUAUCUUCGCGAUAUUAAUCCCCUUUAUCAAAAAAAUCUGCCUGCGCGGUGACCGCCACGCCAUGUUCGACGGUUGGUUCCGGUCCCCGGCCCUUGAUGGGCUCGAGGAGCUCAAUUUCUAUGGCUCUAGUCUGCCAGGCCAGCUGCCGCCGUCUGUGCUCCGUUUCGCGACCACGCUGCGCGUCGCCAGCAUCCGCGCUUGUAAUGUUCCCGACAAUGAUUACGUCUGUUUCCCUCGGCUGGAGCAGCUCAAGCUCUCCCGCGUCACCAUCUCCGAGUCAGCCCUCCACCACCUGCUCGCCAGCUGCACUGCGCUUCAGAGCCUUGAGCUUCGAUGGAUCAUCGGGCUCCGCAACAUUCGGAUCGUCUCGCCCACUCUCCGCAGUAUUGCUAUCUCAGUUUGCGGCCAACUUGUUAUCGAGGAUGCGCCUUGUCUUGAAAGAUUGAUCCCACUUGCUCAAUAUGUCGUCCCAAUGACAAUCAAGGUCAUCAUGGCACCAAAACUGAAGGUGUUGGGCUACCUGACUAGACAAAUCUCCAAGCUUCUAAUUGGAACCAUAAUCAUUGAGGAGAUGAUCCCUGUCAGUUUCACCACGUCGGUGCGAACGGUGAAGGUCUUGUUGCAUCUUAACAUGCAUAUGGAAGAUGUGCCGCAACAUGACACGCUGGUUGAUCCUAUCGAAUGCCUUGACCUCCAUCUAAGAGAAAUAGUACUAUACAACUACCAAGGCAUGAAACGGGAUGUUGACUUUGCCAAAUUCUUCGUGUUGAAUGCAAGGGUGCUCAAGGCAAUGAAAUUUGGUGUCUAUCGUGCUAGCUGCAAUGAGAUAUGGAUGGCCAACCAGCAUAGGCGGCUACAACUGGAUAAUAGAGCUUCUUGUGAUGCGCAAUUUGAUUUCAACAUAAAAAGGGCUUUGGAACUGGCCAGGGAGAUCAAUGCACAGCGCAUACAUCUGGAGUUGGACAGUCAAGCCUUGAUGCAGAUGCUAAAACAGCCCACGAAGAACCUGGGCGUCACUGGUCCAUGGGUGGAGGAUUUAAAGCUUUUGCUGCAUUCUUUUCAGGGUUUUAAAGUCUCUUGGGUUAGGAGAUCUGCUAAUGUUGCCGCGCACAAGUUUGCUAAAGUAGGGGCGGGAGACGAACUAUGUAAGUUUGGUAGUGAGGGACGGAGGGCGGCGGCGGCCAUGGACGAUGCGGCGGCGGCCGAACCCGAGCCCAAGAAGCUGAGGCAGGACGAGCAAGAGCCUCCGGCGAGCAGGGAGGGUGACGGAGACGGCGAAGAGAAGCUCGACCACAUCAGCCGCAUGCCCGACGACAUCCUCGGCAGCGUCAUCUCCCUCCUCUCCACCAAGGAGGCCGCGCGGACACGCCUUCUCUCCUCGCGGUGGCGCCACCUCUGGCGCUCCGCCCCGCUCAACCUCGUCGUCGACCGCCGCCUCUCGGGACGGGAGCGCGACCGUGUCGCCAUCGUCUCCAAGAUCCUUGCCACGCACCACGGCCCUGCUUGCCGCUUCUCCCUCGCCAUCGGCGCCAUCCGCCUGCGCCGCGACCUCUACGCCAAGUUCGACGGCUGGUUCCGGUCCCCCGCGCUCGAUGGCCUCGAGGAGCUCCAAUUCUACGGGGGCUGCAAUCCGCUGCCGCCGUCCGCGCUCCGCUUGGCGCCCACGCUGCGUGUCGCCAGCUUCCGCGACUGUGGUUUCCCCGACGUUGCUGCUGUCCCCGCGCUCCGUCUCCCUCGGCUGAAGCACCUCAAGCUCCCCGGCGUCGCCAUUUCGGAGGAAGCCCUCCUCCACCUGCUCGCCGGCUGCACUGCGCUCGAGAGCCUUGAGCUUCAGGGCAACGGGCUCAGCACUGUCCGGAUCGUCUCGCCGACUCUUCGGAAUAUCGCUGUCUAUGUAUCUUACUACCACAAAUCAGACGUGGUGCUUCAGGAGCUUGUCAUUGAGGAUGCACCGUGCCUUGAAAGAUUGAUCCCACUUGAUUCAGGGGAUGUCCCAAUGACAAUCACGGUUAUCGCGGCACCCAAGCUAACGGUAUUGGGCUACCUGUCUAGCCAAAUCUACGAACUUGUGAUUGGAACCAUAAUUGUUAAGGAAAUGAUCCCCGUCAGCUUGACCGCGCCAAUGCGCACAGUGAAGGUGUUGGUCCUAGAAUCCAUCGGCCCCAACCUGGAUACAAUUGCUCGAUUUCUUAGAUGCUUUCCUUGCAUGGAAAAGCUAUACAUCCAGUCACGUUUUAGGAAGGAUAUGAAAAAUGUGGGUCCAUAUGACAUACUCAUUGAUCCUAUUGAAUGCCUCAGUCUCCAUCUAAGUGCAAUCGUAAUAAACACCUAUCGAGGCAUGCAGCCAGAUGUUAACUUUGCCAAGUUCUUUGUUCUGAAUGCAAAGGUGCUAAAGGUAAUGAAAUUUGGUGUCUGUGGUACAUAUAAUGAGAAAUGGAUGGCUAAUCAGCAGAGACGGCUACAACUAGACAAGAGGGCUUCUAGAGAUGCUCGAUUUGAUUUUGAAAGAGAUGUUGGUGGGUGUUGGUUUUCCAAUAAGAAGCACACACAUGAUUUGUGGAUAGCUGAUCCAUUUGAUAGCUCGUUAUGCAAUUGUUGUUAAUGCCCUUUCAAAAUAAUAUCAAGCUGUACUCCAUUUAUCUUGCCAUAUUUUUUGUUCCAAACAUUCUAAUGUCUUUGUAUUUAAUGAUCAUAAACUUUUCUUCGCACAA